GCCAAGGUGAACCUUACACAUUAUUAGUUUUACAAUGACGUUACUCAGGUUUUCCACAUUGAUCAAAGUUGUUUUUUGUGUAGUUUUCCUUGUUUCAAUGAAACAGGUGAUGUGUUUAACUGUGCGUCGAUUGUUUGAUUAUGUUGAAGAGGGCGGAAGUGAUGUCAAAAUCACAGUGAUGAAAAAUAAGACAGACCCAGAAAUACAGUGGACUUUUUAUCCUGCCUCAAAAUACAUCCAAUUUCGUAAAAUCAAAACCGGUCUGGAGGUGUACGCUCCGGAAAACAAUAGAUCAGACGAAAGGAAGCGGUACCAGCUGAUUGGCUUUGUGGCAGGCACGGACAAAAUGGUCGCCAAGUUACGGUUUACGAUCGUAGAUAAUGACAGAAAGGCAAAGAGAAUCUUAGAAAUCGGAGGACCGAUAAAAUUCAACGUGAACCAUAAGAAGACCCCUUAUCGCACCGAAUACAUGAUCUGUGAUUUUACGGCAGAUAUCUACAACGACUGGGAAUUUUCGCCCAUGAAAAUAACGUUUCCGGCAAACCAGUCCGGUUCCGCCAUUAUGUAUGCCCGGCCAAAGGAUGACGACAUAGUCGAAGGCACAGAACGGUUUGUCCUGUCCCUGAAAAAAAUUUCACGGAAGCUAGUGUCUCAUGUCCAGAGCAAAGUCGUUGACAUCAUUGAUAAUGAUGUCGUUGGAAAGUGGUCCGAAUGGCUUCCGGUUAGUAAAUGUCAACGAGAUAUCUUUGGAGAUUGUUACAUGUCAAUGUCGCGACACUGUACAAGCGCCGGAAGUCGUCUGUCGGUAAAUGCUCACUGCGAUGGUCAGAGCUUUAAAAGAGGCAGGUGCUCAUGUUAAAAUGGUUUUCUCUCAGGUUUCAUUUUUGUAUUGUUCCAUAAUAUAUACACUGUACUGAAACAGGAAGAAAAAUGCUGUAUACAUAUUUUGGAAUAAACAACAAAUUAUUGUUUGCGAUCUUUCAUUACUUUUAUUUUUUCCCCUAGGA